GUGUUUUGCUUUGGCCGUUCAUCAUUUCAUGUUAGCCAUUUCUGCUUAGCAACGCUGUGGAGUAGCGUAGCAAUCAUCGUCAACUUCAGCGAGCUACCAUGGCACAGGCAGCACAGGCAAAUGCCUUCGACGCAAGUAACUCUCAGAUCCAGGUGGAGCACGAUAAAAAGCGUCGGCAGUUUGUCAUAAGGCUGAAUGGAUCUCAUGACCGUGCAGUUCUUCUGUAUGAAUAUGUUGGGAAAAAGACGGUGGACUUGCAACACACCGAAGUUCCAGAUGCGUACAGAGGGAGAGGAAUUGCCAAACACCUGGCCAAGGCAGCCAUGGAUUUUGUGGUAGAAGAGGAUCUGAAAGCCCACUUGACCUGCUGGUACAUUCAGAAAUAUGUCAAAGAAAACCCCCAGCCUCAGUACUUUGAACAUAUUUAUCAAUGACCCCACAUGGCUCCGACAGAGAAGAGAAGGAGACAGAGACUCCCAGGAGAUAAAUACUGUGUGGCAGCAUGCAUUGGAGUUACAGGCUGAUAUACAAUUAAGGACCUUCCAGGCAUUGUUAAACAUGACAUUGAGUCAGUCCAGAGACAACUGAUCUCACGGCAAAGAUGUCCGUGAGCUGAGCGUUGACAGGUCAGUAAUGUCCAUAACACGGGGAUGCACACUCGCCAGAGACAGGAAGUAAUUCACCUGGUUGCAACUUGUGAACACAAGCAAACCAACCAACCAAAACUGAAGCCUGUUACCUCAGACAGAAACCUCCAGGUUGUAUACCCAUCACUGUCUGAAAGCAACAUAAUGACAACAUACGUGAGUCGAAUACUGUGUUGCAAAUUUCCUGUCCUCCUUUGGACUCCCUGGUCGCGAACUGCAUGACCGAUCCAGGUGUCUUUCUCUGUGAUGGUUUGAACGGAAGCAACGAUGGCUUCACUGACGCUCAAAUGAUGAUGACUUUUAUAUUUCAACCCUCUUUUGAUAUUCUUUGAGUCUGUUAUUUUUUCAAUUUGCUUUCCACUCUUAGAAAUUGUGUUUCUUAGGGCUAAAAUUCUAGUGUAGUAGGUUGUGAAAGCUAAAUGCAUCUUUGAAACAUCAAGCUAAUUUUUUCUACACAGUUGCAAAGAGGCAUAGGCAUAAAUUUGGUGGGUAACGGGUCAUUUUUAAAAGUACAAUCUGUAUUUUUAAGACAUUUAUUUUCACAAUUUCUCAAUUUGGUUCCACUGUUACUCUGUCUACUUCAAUACUUCCAAGUAAUAGAAACUUACUGUCCUUUUAUUGGAGUUAUAAAUUGGUGAGUCAAAGGUGCAGGGAUUUGUAAACCAAAGAAAACAAAUUGAGGAUGUUUAACUCUGGAGGCAGAACCAUGUUCUCCUUUGUACAUGUUAAAUGUUACACACACACACACACACACACACAAUAAAUUAGGUCUGAAGCUUGUCACUGUGCGGCACAACACUUUAGUGUGGAUGUGAAUAAAUAUCUCUGCUGAAACCAGCUAAUUCAGAAAAAGCACUGCUACAUUCAGGGCAUUUACAAUCUAUGGUGUCAAGCCGUCCUUUGUUCUGUCACCCAGGAAAAUGACACUGGAUGGCCGUUCGUUGUCCUUUAAUGUUUUUAUUUCUCUCCCCCACAAGGCCUUUUUAGCCAGCUGAUGUCAAAAUGAUAAAGGUCAUAUCAUAGAAGAAACAUUUUACUGACAAAAAUGGUUUACUGUGGUUUCCCUUUUUUUUUGGCUAUCCAGGGGUUUUUGCUGUCGACAAUCUAAAGUGUUGAGGAGAAAAAUACCUCAGGUCACUCGGCACACACCGGCAGGACAGACAUCAACAUGCAAAGCCAGACCGUCUGCUUUAAGAAUCACAUAGAGGAAAUUGCAGGAAACCUCUUUCCCUUAGUAAAACCUUCCUGUAGGUGGCACAGACCUAUUGAUAGGCCAUGGUAUUAUUUCAUUUUUUUGUGGUUUUGUUUAUAUUUGUGUCGUCUUUGAGAGGAAACAAAUGCCUGAUUUUAACAGUUUUGAGCUGGCGGAUUAACCAAAUGUGUGAAAAUGUACCAAUCCUUGUUCUAUUGUUUUGUGCUUGUCUUUUUUCCAUAAUUGUUGUCAGUAAAUAAAUAAAUACUCAUCACAUAAUAAA